GGUUGGCCCAUCAUGUUUGCCGCAGCAGGGUCUUGCAAUGUGGCUUGUCUUGCCGCCAUGAUGUUUUAUGUUCCUUCUGAGCAGACGAUGGAAUUCUACCUUGUUAUCCCGUUCGCCUGGGGACUUGCGGAUUCCGUCUGGUAUUGCCAAAUGUCAGCAUAUAUUGGACAUUAUUUUCCCUCUCAGAAAUGGCCAGUUUUUGUGACGAUGAGAAACUCUAUGAACGUAACUUUUGUGAUAACAUUCGCAUACACCGCAUUUAUUUGCAUGGAAGCCAAAAUGUACAUGACUCUGGCAAUGAUGUUCACAUCACUGACUUCCUUUUAUGUGUUUGAAGUGUUGCAGCGACGGAAAGCCAAGAAAGCAGGACCUACCUACACGUACAUUGAGAAAACGUAG